CGGAGGCUCCUCCGCAUGAUGCGAGGUGAACGCAGAGAGGAGGGAGUCAUCAGAGGGUGAUCAAUCGGUCUAACACUCAGCAGCAUCAUGGCACCCAUCGGAUUAAAGGCGGUGGUCGGCGAAAAGAUUAUGAGUGAUGUAAUCAAGAAGGUGAAGAAGAAGGGAGAAUGGAAGGCGCUGAUAGUGGACCAGCUGAGCAUGAGGAUGUUGUCGUCCUGCUGCAAGAUGACAGACAUCAUGACAGAGGGCAUCACCAUUGUGGAGGACAUCAACAAGCGACGAGAGCCUCUUCCCAGCCUGGAGUCCAUUUACCUGAUUACACCCACAGAGAAGUCUGUCCACACCCUCAUUGCAGACUUCAAAGACCCUCACUCAUCUAAAUAUAAAGCAGCCCAUGUUUUCUUCACCGACUCCUGCCCUGAUCCUCUGUUCAAUGAGCUGGUGAAGAGCCGUGCUUCCAAAGUCAUCAAGACUCUGACGGAGAUCAACAUCGCCUUCUUGCCCUACGAGUCUCAGGUGUACUCUCUGGACAAUCCGGAUGCCUUCCACAGUUUCUACAGCCCACAUAAGACCCAGCUGAAGAACCCAGUGAUGGAGAGGCUGGCUGAGCAGCUGGCCACGCUCUGCGCCACCCUGAAGGAGUACCCUGCUGUCAGAUACCGAGGUGAGUACAAGGACAAUGCCACCCUGGCCCAGCUGGUUCAGGACAAACUGGAUGCCUACAAGGCUGAUGACCCCACCAUGGGAGAGGGUCCAGAUAAAGCUCGUUCACAGCUCAUCAUCCUGGACAGGGCGUUUGACCCUGUCUCACCUGUCCUGCAUGAGCUCACCUUCCAGGCUAUGGGCUAUGACCUGCUGCCCAUCGAAAACGACGUAUACAAGUAUGAGACCAGUGGCAUCGGAGACUCCCGUGAGAAGGAGGUACUGCUGCAUGAAGACGAUGACCUGUGGGUGAGCCUCAGACACAAACACAUAGCUGAGGUGUCCCAGGAAGUGACACGCCAGCUGAAGGAGUUUUCUUCCAGCAAGAGGAUGAACACCGGAGACAAGACUACAAUGAGGGACCUGUCCCAGAUGCUGAAAAAGAUGCCUCAGUACCAGAAGGAGCUCAGCAAGUACUCCACUCAUCUGCAGCUGGCUGAGGACUGUAUGAAGCAUUACCAGGGAACAGUGGACAAGCUGUGCCGCGUAGAACAGGACCUGGCUAUGGGAACGGACGCUGAGGGCGAGAAGAUCAAAGACCCCAUGAGGGCUAUUGUGCCCAUCCUGCUAGAUGCCAACGUCAGCACAUACGACAAGAUCCGCAUCAUCCUCCUUUACAUUUUCCUCAAGAAUGGUGAGGAGGAGAUUACAGAGGAGAACCUGAACAAGCUGAUCCAGCAUGCUCAGAUCCCCCCGGAGGACAGUGAGAUUAUCACCAACAUGGCUCACCUGGGCGUCCCCAUCGUCACAGAUUCCACCCUCCGCCGAGGAAAGAAAUUAGACAGGAAGGAGCGUGUGAGUGAGCAGACCUACCAGCUGUCCCGCUGGACACCACUGGUCAAGGACAUCAUGGAGGAUGCUAUUGAGGAUAAGCUUGACACCAAGCACUACCCUUACAUCUCCACCCGCUCCUCUGCCUCCUUCAGCACUACUGCAGUCAGUGCUCGCUAUGGCCACUGGCACAAGAAUAAGACACCUGGAGAGUACCGCACUGGACCACGUGUCAUAGUCUUCAUCAUUGGCGGUGUGUCCUUCAGUGAGAUGCGCUGCGCCUAUGAGGUCUCACAGGCCAAUGGGAAGUGGGAAGCCGUAAUCGGAUCGACCCACAUCUUCACCCCCACCAGCCUGCUGGAGCAGCUCAAGGCCAUGAACAAACCAGACGAGGAAGUGACCAGCUAAAAUCUCUCUCUUCUUAACUUUGCCACAACCCCCUAGCCCCUUGGCCCCUAGCCCCUUGGCCCCUGUCUCCUUCACCCAGUCGUAUCCAUUAAUUGUGUUUGCAUCUUGCUUGAGAAGAAAAACAAAAAAGACAUCUUAGAUGAUAAAAAAUAUGUUGUCAGAGCAAAAUCAUUGCAAGUAUUCUCAUGUUUUACAAUGGAUGCAACUAAAAUUUAUUUAUGAAGGUUUAAAUAUCAGAAAAGGUCAUUUAAAACUAAACGUACCAAAAUGUAAUAUUGUAUGCUAUGAAACCUGCUAGAACGUGUAAAAAGUAGGCAUUUUCUCUUGUUUGUUCCUUUGGGUUACCUCCUUGGUAUGAGUUCUAUUGGAAGCAGGUGGAGGAGGGAUGUGCAAUUUGAGAAGUUGCUUUAAAAUAUAUCAGCCAACAUGCAAUAUAGAUACAGUAUAUACUGUAGAAAUGUAUUUCAUCGCAGAGGCGUUGGCUCUGCCCAUGUGAGAUGUUCCUGUUCAGUAGCAUGCUUGGACUUGUGUGGAUUGUUUAUGCGUUUGUAUCCAGUGUGGAUGUUCUGAGAGCUGCAGAGUUAGCAUUAGCUCAUGCCUAAGAUGUUUGAAUACUCUGAAUAUCUUCAUUUUAAGUAUUCAAAAAUGUAACUGCUUUCAAAUGCUCUCAUUAGUCCUUCCUUUUAAAUGAUUACUUUAAGCAAAUUCUAAAAUUGUAUUAAUUAUUUAAGAAAUAAUUGUGUAUGUGGAAUGUGGUUGUGGUAAAAAAAAAAAGUAUCACAUAUGAAGUUUGCUUUUUAAGAUAUAUUUCAAUGGAAAUCUAACUUUGGUGCAUAGUUAGCUCAUGUUUUGACAGCUGGAAAUGUGGACUAUAUCACAAGAAUGGUUUCAGAAGUUUCUGUGGAUGUUUGAGCACUUUUUUUUGUGAAACCACUAUAUCAAAGCUACUCUAUGGUAAGCUGUCAGGUUCAGUUAGUGUGCGGGUUAAUGCGUUCAGCCCAACGGUUUGCCAUAAACCUUAGCUGUCCGCAUUGCAGCUUGUAACUCGGCAGCUGCUGUGUGUUUGAUACUUAAAACAUAUGCUACAUUUUAGGCAAAGUACUUGUUUACGAUGCUUGGUUGAGCUGACGAUGAAAGGACAAAGCUCUGUAAAUAAAGCUAAAUAACGACUCAUCCCUCCUCCGGCUGCCUAGACUGUAAAGUAUGUACUUGCCGUAAUCUUUUCCUUUCUCUGGAGAAAUUUCACGUUAUAUUGUCAAAAAGGCCUUUGCUUGCUGAUACUUAAUGAGUAAUCUUAAAAAGGGCCAGUUGUAUUUCAGUAUUGUAUUCCUGUCAGAUUAAGUCUCAUUGUUAUUUGGCCUUGCAUUGAGUAGUGUUGUGUAUAUGCCAUAUGUUGCUGUUUUAGCGUCUCAUUGUUGACUGGUGAUAUUUCUGACUGUGAAAUAGUGAUACUUUUCCUUUUAAAAAAAACACACCAAUGUGAAGCCACUGUGUCUGUGAAGUUUUAGCUGUAGCUGUUAGUGGUCAGCUGGGACAAAGAACUAAUCUAUAUUUUCUGUUUCCUUCUCUGGUGCAAUGUAAAACCCUCCAAUGAUGAAUGUCUUUGCAAAAAUACUUAAACCCCCUCCUCACUUUAAUUUCCUCUCUCCCCUCUUUCCUGACCAAACAAGUUGUAUAUUGCACUAUAAUGUGUUUCCUGUGAUGCAAAUGCUUUUUACUUUUCUAUUUUAUUUUUUUUUUUGCAGAUGUAUAGGGUUUACUCUGUCAAAUCAGUUGAUUUAUAACAAAUUAUUUAUCAGAGAAAAACAAGAUGAAACAUUAGUCUGUCCUAAAACUAACUUAUUGGGAUUGUAUGUUUGCCAGUGUUGAAGCACAAACAAUAUGUGUAUCUUAUAUGUACUAAGGCUGUCUAAUAAAUUGGCUUCCAUUA